AUGAUGGCCACCAUUGCAGGCAAGCUCCUGGCAGCAUUCGCCUUGUGCAGUAUCACCAAUGCCGCUCCGGCAAGAGAGCAACAGGUCAUUCUUGGGGGAAACGCCGACUUGACUCGCGUUCAUGAUGAGCUGUCAAAGGCACAAAUAAUACCAACUGUGGUUGACGACUUCCAACCAAUCUUGGGCCUCUCGGCCGAGUGGGAAUCCUCAAACGUUGCGGACCUAGGCAACACGCUCAAACCUGGAGACCUUCAGUCUGCGCCGUCGGUGUCUCUCGUCAAGGGCUCGGCGUUCCCGGGCAUUCAGAUUACCACCACCUAUGUGCUCACCUUGACUGACCCAGAUGCGCCUUCGCGAGAUAAUCCGAAGUGGUCGGAAUUCUGUCACUGGAUAGCCACCGGCGUCUCCCCUUCGUCAGCCGGAGCGAAGCCCGCCGUCGAGGACGUCGUUGAGUACAAGCCUCCCGGACCUCCCGUAAGGACCGGAAAGCACCGUUACGUCUUCCUUGUUUGGAUCCCAGCCAACGGAACGACUGAAAGACUGAACUUAUCUAAGCCUGAGGAGCGCAAGCACUGGGGAGGGGAGGAGGGACGCGGCGUUCGCAAUUGGGCUAAAGAGAACGGUCUUAUUCCUGUUGCUGCGAACUUCAUUUAUGCUCAAAAUGAGAAGCAGUAUUGA